CGACACCAAGCAGGCGACGACGACGACGACAAGACGCAUGGCCUACAACCCCACUGGAUCGCGCUUCGGGGCCUACGCCCAAGACCCGCGCUACCCGCCACUCCAGCCGACCGCCAUGGCCGACCGGUCCGUGACAACAUCGCCGCCGACAGCCGCCGCCGGCGGCGGCGGCAAUACGUCGCAAUGGGCGUCGCCACCUCCAGUCGCCCGCCCGAGCCCCAAGACGUCGCCGCUCGUCAAUAGCGAGCUCACCUCGACGGCCGCGCCGUUCGUGCCCAAGCAGCACGCAGCGCCCGAGCCCAUGGUGCAGGUCACGCGGGGUGGCUGCAUCUUUUACGUGCCCGAGUCCGAAGCCAAAGCGACGCCGACGAACGCUGUCUUGCGGCACGGGCCCGGCGCGCAGCUCCACGUCGACAUUCAGCCGCCGUACGCUGCGUCUGCGUCUGUCAUCCCCUCUUCACCGAUUGUGACAACGCGCCGGUCGCUGGCGUCCAUGGCACUGGCGCCGACCGUCCGGCGUCAGCUGGAUGCUGAGCACGAAGAUAUGCUGCGGCAGGUGCAUCCGUCCGACGAGCGCUACAAGGAGAUUCCGUCGCAGUUCCAUUGCAUGUGGCCGCUCGACGUUCAAGACGAUGCGUUGCAUCGCAACGUGGCCGGCAGCUUUGGGUAUCCCUCGCACUGCUACAAGGUGAUUAGCGAGACGGACGGGCGCACGUAUGCUCUGCGCCGCGUCGAGAACGUGCGCACGACGCCAGGGAUCACGCAGCAAGCAGUCGACAAGUGGAAGAAGGUGGUUCACGCCAACGUCGUGCCCUCCACCGCGCGUUCGUGUCCCAUGGCGGUACCUCCUCUCGACGGAAAUGACGACGUGUCAUCGUCGCGAGUAGCGCUCUUCUUUCUCUCCGAGUACUUCCCGACGGCCACGUCAUUGCACGCCAAGUUCUUUACCAGCCAAGCAUCGAUCGCGUCCGAGGCGUUCCUCUGGAGUCUGCUGACACAAAUGGCCGGCGCGCUCCGGGCCAUCCAUCGCCACGACAUGGCCUGUCAAGCCAUCGGACUCCGACGGCUCCUCGUCACGGGGCACAACCGUGUGCGCAUCAGUGGCACGGGUGUCCUCGACGUCCUCGAGUACGACACGUCGAAAUCCAAGCGUGUGGAGGCGCUUCAGCAAGAGGACUUGAUUAACCUCGGCAAGGUCGUGCUCAGCCUUGGUGUCCGUCAAGAGAUUUCCGCCACCACCAAUGGUACGUCGAUGCGGCCUCUGCCUGGUCUGAUGUUGGCGCGGCUAGUGACGGACCUCCUUUCGCAGUUUGCGAGCACCUUCUCGGACGACCUCACCGCCGUCGUCCGUGGUCUCACUCUCCAAGAGACGGCCUCGGCGACCGAGUUGGCGUUGACGCUCUUUGACCGCACCCAAGCCGAGCUCGACGCGCAGUACAGUCUGGCCGAUGAGCUCGAAGCGCAGUUGUCGUCCGAGUACCAGAACGGCCGCAUGUUGCUGUUGAUGCUCAAGCUGGGUCUCAUCAACGAACGCCCUGAUCUCAACAUGGACAGCAGCUGGGCCGAGACGGGCGACCGCUACCUCCUCAAGCUCUUCCGCGACUUCGUGUUCCACCAGGUCGAUGAGGAGAACCGACCGGUGCUGGACUUUGGCCACAUUGUCGACGCCCUCAACAAGCUCGACGGUGCGUCAGCCGAGAAGGUCCUCCUCUCGUCCCGGGACGGCCAGUCGGUCUUGGUCGCGUCGUAUGCCGAAGUCCACAAGUGUGUCAAGCAGGCGUUUAGCGAGCUCGUGGCCGCGGCCCAGCGCCAGCGCCCGUCGACGACGCCACUCGCCAAGCCCGCAGCGUUUGGCGGCCGCGCCACCAACGGCCGUGGGCGCGGGCGAGGCCGGGGCUAA